UUCGCGUCCACCUUCCGCGGAACAUAGUGUUCCGCCGAUCUCUCUCUCUCUCUCUCUCUGUCCGUCUCUGCCUCAGCACUUUCCCCCCCUAUUUUUUGUUGUCGGAGAAGGGCGAGACUCUGGCGGAUCUUCGACAUGGAAGAACAGAUUCCACACAUGGCAGAUGGAGAGGUGGAUGAGGUCGUUGAGGCAGUUGAGAAGUUAAAAAAGGAGUGGGAUAACACACUAAAUGAAAUGGUUGAACAUGUGAGGGAAAUAGAGGGAUAUGGAAAACCAGGAAAGGAGGCAUUAAAUACUCUUCCACGCUUGAACGCUGCAGUUCAGGAUGGUUUGUCACUGUUAAGAUCUCUGCAGUUUAGGCUUGAUCUACUCUCUGAGCAGCUUCCAACUGAAGAAGAGAUAAAUUCAGCAAAGCUCACGUUGAAGUCCUGGAAAGAUCAAUGCAACAGUUUGCGUUUGAGCCUAAGGAAUGCUAAUUUGGAAGCUAAAGCCAAUAUGCGGAAAGCUGCUCAGGCCGAGAGGGAACUCUUAUUAGGAGGUGGAGAGGAAUCUACCAUUCGUAGGCGCAAUUUGCAGACAAAGGCUGGAAUGACAUCUGCUGCUGAAAGCAUCACUGAAAGUCUUCGCCGCACUCGGCAACUGAUGGUUCAGGAAGUGGAGAGAAGUGCAAACACACUGAUGACAUUUGACAAUUCGACCAGCGUAUUGAGAAAGGCAGAAGGUGAAUAUAAGGGUCAUCGAUCUUUGCUGAUGCGAACUAGAAACCUCCUUUCCACUAUGCAGCGCCAAGAUAUCAUUGAGAGGAUAAUUCUGGUUGUUGGUUUUCUCUUCUUCGCGUCUGUUGUGCUCUACAUCUUCACCAAGCGUAUUGGAUUGCUGAAGCUGCAGAGGAAACUUUCAUCUGCUUUUUUGAAGGGCUCAGGUCAUGAAUCGACAAGUUCUCAGAUGACAACAAAAGCAGCUGAUGGUUUGAGUCCACCUUCUACAGAGGGAACACUUCCAUUAAGACAGACACAUGACGAACUCUAGGAGCAACGUGAUAUUCUUUUUUAACCCAUCCGAGGAAUGUAAAUCUCUAUGUUUAAUACGCCAAUCUUUUGUUUGAUCUCUCUCCCAACUUUUUCUUGAUGUGAUCUUAGUCACCCCAAAGUCCCUUUUCAUAGUACACUUGGGCGUUGAUUUUCUUUCUGCUUUGCACAUUCUUGAAUCCCAUCACCAAUGAUAAUAUACCUUUUCUUUAAUAA